CGGAAAACAAGGAAGUUACAGUUGGAGCAGAUGUGGCACCGCUGAGGAGAAGUCUAAGCCUCGUAGCAACAUUUAUGGUGGCCAUUAUACGUGAAGGAAAGCUCCUGUGCCACAAUGAAGGCAACUAGAAGCAAUAUGUUGACUGCCGGAAUAUCUACCAACAAGGUCAAAUAUUCACGACUGGCAGCCGAUGACGACGGUUACAUAGACUUGCAGUUCAAGAAAAGUCCACCAAAGGUCCCGUACAAGGCGAUUGCACUGGCAGUAUUCCUGUUUCUCACUGGAACCUUACUCAUAAUCUUUGGGGCCCUUCUUCUGUCAGGAACGAUAAUGGUGGAGCAUCCAGACCGCACCAUUCCAGUCAUCAUCAUAGGGGUGCUUGUGUUCCUUCCUGGAUUUUACCAUUUGAGAAUCGCCUACUACGCCGCCAAGGGUUACCGGGGUUACUCCUACGACGACAUCCCAGAUUUCGACGACUGAGACGAACAGAGUCUUCUAGCCGCGCUGGGCAUCCUGAAAAUGUCGCCUGCUGUUUACUUUCUGAAUGUAUGUAGCGUUCUGCCGCAGAGGCUUGUGUUUGUUUAAAUGAGCAUUGCGCAGGAGAGUUUUUAUACUGUAUCGUGCUUGUUGCCAGCUCUGAGCUGUAUUACCUUCAAAAGAGAAACCUGACAUCCCUUUGGGACUUUUUACGUGAAGUUUUAUUUAUAGAGAAACCAACACUUAAUGAACAAAGGCAGCAACCUCGUGCCUGCAACAGCACAGCAACAGUUUGCUGUUAUUCACCUCAUGGAUCAGCUGUUACAGUUGCCUUACUUGUAGUGUUUGUGACUGAGAAUCUUUGCGCCAUGUGCACAGUGAUUUUAUCUUAAAUAAAUCUAUAUCAUAAACUUGACUGUAGAUGGUAAAAAAAAAAAAAAUGGGGAGGUUAUAUAUCUCUUUAAGGAUUGUAUUUGGAGCGGAUUAAUCGUUGAUGUACAGUGUAUUUUAAAAUGAAAUGUAUUUGUUCUCAUUUAAAGAUCUUUACAUGUAUAUUCUUUUGCUUUUGAAUAUUUAAAGAGGAUGUAUUUUUACAUGCACUUGCUUGAUGAAAAAAUAAAUAAAACAGUGUGGUGAUUGGUUACAGUUAACAAUAA